AUGGCUGCUUCUCUCGUCCGCAAUACUGCCCGCUCUGCCCUCCGCAACGGAGCUUCGGCUACCAGAGCUGCUGGCAGCUUGACCUUUGCCCGCGGCAAGGCUACUCUGCCUGACUUGGCUUACGACUACAGUGCCCUGGAGCCCUCCAUUUCCGGCAAGAUCAUGGAGCUCCACCACAAGAACCACCACCAGACCUAUGUCAACAGCUACAACACUGCCAUCGAGCAGCUGCAGGAGGCUCAGCACAAGGGCGACAUUGCUGCCCAGAUUGCCCUCAAGCCCCUGAUCAACUUCCAUGGCGGUGGUCACAUCAACCACACCCUCUUCUGGGAGAACCUGGCUCCCAAGAGUGCCGGUGGUGGUGAGCCCCCAUCUGGUGCUCUCUCCACCGCCAUCAACGACAGUUUCGGCAGCUUGGACGAGUUCAAGACCAAGAUGAACGCUGCUCUUGCUGGUAUUCAGGGUAGCGGCUGGGCCUGGCUCGUCAAGGACAAGCAGACCGGCAGCAUAGGCAUCAAGACUUAUGCCAACCAGGACCCCGUCGUUGGUCAGUUCCAGCCCCUCUUGGGUAUUGAUGCCUGGGAGCACGCCUACUACCUUCAGUAUCAGAACCGCAAGGCCGAGUACUUUGGGGCCAUCUGGGACGUCAUCAACUGGAAGGCCGUUGAGAAGCGCUUCUCGGCGUAA